GGUCAGUUGGCGCUCGUUGUAAGAAUUUGAACGGUUCGCGACUUCGUGUCAGCGAACACUCGAAGACUCCACCGCGAGAAAAGAAUUAGGGUUCGCGGAUUCGCGGAGAGCUCUCAUUCAUCCGUCCAUGGCGUCUGAUUCGCCUCGGACACGGAUCGAUCAGUUUUUUGCUUCAAAAAAGAGGAAUUCUAUAUCUCCUGGUUUGAAGCAUGGGAGAGUUGAGAAACAUGCAAGGAUAGCAGAAGAAGGGUCUCCCAGUGCAAAGGGCACUUUGGAUAAUUACUUGGUGAAUUCACAAGACCCUAACCAUGAUGCCAAGCUUUCAUCCACGGCUUGUGGUUUGUUGGCCAGGCAAGAUGCAGUCAAGAGAAAUCUGUCGCUGGAGAUCAACAAUAUUUCCAAAGAGGAAAAUAAGGAUCUUUCUUCAUUAGCUAAAAUGGAGUCUCAAACUUCUAAAGGUGUUGAAACAGUUAAGAAGGAAACAUCUCAUGGUUCCUCAAAUGAAGGCAAUAUUGCAUUUGAAGGCCUUGCUGAAGGUUCCUCUGUUUCUAACCAUAGUGCAGAAAACUUGGAAAUAAAAAAGUUUGCAAAUGACUUUUUGUCUUUGUACUGUAGUGAACUCCAGUCAACUGCAACAUCGCCAUCUAAGCCAAAGUUGAAUGACCACAAGAGACCUGGUGGUCAACAGUUGGUGACUGAUGAAGGUAUGGCAUCAAAGAAGAGGCAUUGCAUAAGCAUAGUAUCCCAUUCAGGAGGUGAAACUGCUACCUCUAUCAAGAAAAAGACAGAAAACAAACAAUCUGCUUCUAUUGUGCAAGCUGAAAUGCCUUUUACUAAUGCAUCUGGAGGGCUUGCAGCAAGCUUGAGAAAAUGCACAAGAGCGUCUAACUCAAUUGUUGAUAUGACUGAAUGCUGUACACCUGGUUCAUCAAUUGUACGGGCAUGUGCUCGUGAAACCCCUAGGUCAAUGCGUGGAAGCUCCAUGUUUUCACCAGGAGAAGCAUUCUGGAAUGAAGCAAUUCAAAUUGCUGAUUGUUUAUUUGCUGAAGAUGGUAAUCCUCUUGCCCUUACUGUUGAAGACCUCAUCAAAGGAAGUUGUGGUGACAAGUCAAGGCAAGUUCUGGAUGAAGCAAGCAGCAAAUAUCGGCAGAUGCAAAAUGGUCAUUCUCUUCACUUAAAUGGGACAUAUGUGAGCAUAUCUACUAAAGAAGUGUCUCCCUUGCCUGUCAAGCAUCUUGACUUUUUGUUUGAGGACAAGAACUUGGAUGCAAGUUCCCCUUGCUUCUCUACAAAUAAGGCAAAUGUGCACAAGAGUGGUGAACAAUCUGAAUGUGGUUCUGCAAAUAUCAAAAGCCCCAAAGUGGUUAAAAUGACAACUUAUAAUGAAACACAGACAAAGGAAGAGAUACAUGAAGUACAAGGAACUACGUCUGUUCAUGCAGUGACCAAAAGUGAAGCAGAUUUGAGAAAUCAAGACACUCACAACCUAACAUCAAGUUCACUAGUUCAAGAAGUUGGGAAUUCUGUGGCUAAUAAUAAUUGUGGUGAUGUUGGUACUCCUUCAAGUUUUGAGCUGCUCAAAGACCGAUUAGAUCUUGGCAAUUGGCUUCCUUCUGAAGUAUGCAGCAUAUACAAAAGGAGAGGAAUUUCAAAACUGUAUCCUUGGCAGGUAGACUGUCUUAACGUGGAUGGAGUUUUACAAAGAAGGAAUCUUGUGUACUGUGCAUCUACUAGUGCUGGUAAAAGUUUUGUUGCAGAAAUUUUGAUGCUAAGACGGGUCAUAAUUACUGGGAAAAUUGCACUUCUUGUACUUCCUUAUGUAUCAAUUUGUGCAGAAAAGGCUGAACAUCUGGAGAGCCUUUUGGAACCACUUGGUAAGCAUGUCCGGAGUUACUAUGGAAACCAAGGUGGUGGAACACUUCCUAAAGAUACUUCUGUAGCUGUUUGCACAAUAGAGAAAGCAAACUCAUUAAUAAAUAGACUGCUGGAAGAGGGCCGUUUAUCAGAAAUUGGAAUCAUUGUGAUAGAUGAACUGCACAUGGUUGGUGAUCAGAGUAGGGGUUAUCUUUUGGAACUUUUGCUGACAAAGCUUCGUUAUGCUUCUGGUGAAGGCAAUUCAGAAUCUAGCAGUGGGGAAAGCUCAGGUACAAGCAGUAAGGGUGAUCCUGCUCAUGGUCUACAAAUUGUUGGGAUGAGUGCAACCAUGCCAAAUGUGGCAGCAGUUGCUGAUUGGCUUCAAGCAGCAUUAUACCAGACAGAUUUCCGACCUGUUCCACUAGAGGAAUUUAUUAAAGUUGGCAACACUAUUUAUGACAAGAAAAUGGAUAUUGUCAGAACAAUUCCAAGAGCAGCUGACCUUGGUGGUAAAGAUCCAGACCAUAUUGUGGAACUGUGCAAUGAGGUUGUUCAAGAGGGUCAUUCAGUGUUAAUAUUUUGCUCAAGCCGAAAAGGAUGUGAAUCGACUGCCAAGCACAUUUCAAAGUUCUUGAAGCAAUUUACUGUUAACAUUCAGAAUAGUAGUGAUUUUCUUGAUAUUUCUUCAGCUAUUGAUGCAUUGAGAAGAUGCCCUGUGGGGUUGGAUCCUACAUUAGAAGAAACUUUUCCUUCUGGUGUUGCAUAUCAUCAUGCUGGCCUCACAGUUGAGGAAAGAGAAAUUAUAGAAAGUUGCUACCGCAAAGGCCUUCUACGCGUCUUAACUGCUACUUCUACUUUAGCUGCUGGAGUUAACCUCCCUGCCAGGAGGGUCAUUUUUCGACAGCCUAGGAUAGGUCGUGAUUUUAUUGAUGGGACAAGGUACAGACAGAUGGCAGGUCGGGCUGGUCGGACUGGAAUUGACACUAAAGGAGAAAGUAUACUUAUUUGCAAACCUGAAGAACUCAAAAGAAUUAUGGGAUUGCUUAAUGAAAGCUGUCCACCUUUGCAGUCUUGUCUCUCUGAAGAUAAAAAUGGAAUGACUCAUGCAAUUUUGGAAGUUGUGGCUGGUGGAAUUGUUCAAACUGCUAAUGAUAUUCAUCGAUAUGUUAGAUGCACUCUUUUAAAUUCUACUAAACCAUUCAGAGAUGUUGUGAAAUCAGCGCAGGAUUCUCUUCGGUGGUUGUGCCACAGAAAAUUUCUUGAAUGGAGUGAUGAUACGAAGUUAUAUAGCACCACACCACUUGGACGUGCAGCUUUUGGUAGUUCUCUUUGUCCUGAAGAAUCACUGAUUGUGCUGGAUGACCUUUCCAGAGCAAGAGAAGGAUUUGUGCUUGCAUCUGACUUGCAUCUUGUGUAUUUAGUCACGCCAAUCAAUGUUGAAGUUGAGCCAGAUUGGGAACUGUAUUAUGAGAGGUUCAUGGAGCUGUCUCCUCUUGAUAAGUCUGUUGGAAAUCGAGUUGGAGUUUUGGAACCAUUUUUGAUGCGUAUGGCACAUGGAGCACCUAUGCGCACAUUGAACAGGCCUACCAAGAAUAUGAAAGAGUUGCAUGGAAAGUUAGAAACUCGACAUAGGAAUUCAAACAACAAUGUGAUUUCAGAGGAGCAAUCACUUCGAGUUUGCAGACGAUUUUAUGUUGCUCUUAUCCUAUCAAGACUGGUCCAGGAAACACCUGUAGCUGAGGUUUGUGAAGCUUUCAAGGUUGCUAGAGGCAUGGUUCAAGCCUUACAAGAAAAUUCUGGAAGGUUUGCUUCCAUGGUUUCUUUGUUUUGUGAAAGACUUGGAUGGUAUGAUUUGGAAGGCUUGGUUGCAAAGUUCCAAAAUCGUGUUUCUUUUGGAGUGAGAGCAGAGAUUGUGGAGCUUACCACUAUUCCAUAUGUUAAGGGUUCUCGAGCAAGAUCAUUGUAUAAAGCAGGGUUGCGUACACCCCUCGCGAUUGCUGAAGCUUCUAUUUCUGAAAUAGUUAGAGCACUUUUUGAAUCCACAUCAUGGGCUGCUCAAGAGGGUUCAGCGCAGAGACGCAUACAAUUGGGAGUUGCGAAGAAAAUUAAGAAUGGAGCUCGAAAAAUUGUCCUUGAUAAAGCUGAAGAGGCAAGGGCUGCUGCUUUCUCAGCUUUUAGAUCUCUUGGGCUCAGUGUCCCACAGUUUUCUCAACCCUCAUUACUGAAUGCUUCUAUAAAUGUGGUUGAGCAAGGUAAUACAAGUAAAUUAUCUGGAGAUGACACCACUAAUAGCUUUCUUUGUUUAGAACAAAGAGACCAUGUUUCACCUGUCCUGUGCAUAGAAGGUGGAAAGAAUUCUGCUAAAGUCACUUUGGAAAGUGGGAUCAAGUUGAUGGAAACAAAAGAUGUUGACUUGGUGGCUCCAGUAGAGGUAAAAUCCUCUGAUCUGGUGCAACAGAACUGUGGUUUUGCAAAUUCUAUAAUGCCCUUUGAAAAGUCUUUGACCCUUGGUACUGAGCUGGAUUCUACUAGUAACCAUAACCACAACCAUACUACUAGCGACCAUAACCCAAAUGAAGUUGUGGUCCUAUCUGUAAAGUCAGGACAAGAUGGUGAUGGCACUGAAAUACAUGGCAUAAAUAUUCAUUCUGAUGUACAUGAACAGUGUAGUAGAGAGAGUUUAUGUGGUGGCAACAUGGAUAGCGCCUGGGAGAAGGGCCCUAUUAAUGCAAGUAAUACUCCUGGUGGAUUUGAUUCUUUCUUGGCUCUCUGGGACACUGCCCAAGAAUUCUAUUUUGACCUCCAUUACAAUAAAAGAUCUGAAGUAAAUUCCAUCACACCCUUUGAAAUACAUGGUAUGGCCAUCUGUUGGGAAAACUCUCCUGUGUACUAUGUCAAUCUUCCGAAAGAUCUCCUGUGGACUGAGAACCAUAGGAAUGCUCUACUCGAUGAGAAUUGGUUAGAGAUAGUUAGGCAUAGAUGGAUCCGGAUUGGUGAAAUAAUGGGGAAGAGAGAGGUCAAAAAAUUCACUUGGAAUCUGAAAAUUCAGAUUCAGGUGCUCAAGAAAGCUGCAGUUUCCAUUCAGAGUUUUGGCUGCAUGAAUCUUUCUAAAAGUUUGGAUCUUGAACUCCUGGAUAGUUCACACUUCUUGUUGUCCCCAAUUAAUAUUAAAGAAGGAAUUGACAUGUGUGUUGUGGCAUGGGUUCUUUGGCCUGAUGAGGAGAGAAGCUCUAAUCCAAACUUGGAGAAGGAAGUCAAGAGAAGGUUACCCAGUGAGGCUGUUGCAGCUGCUAAUCGGAAUGGAAGGUGGAAGAAUCAGAUGCGUAGAGCUGCUCAUAAUGGUUGCUGUCGUCGUGUUGCACAAACACGAGCUCUGUGCGCUGUUCUUUGGAAGUUACUUGUUUCUGAGGGACUUUUUGAACCGCUUAACAAUAUUGAGAUCCCAUUGGUUAAUGUUCUUGCUGAAAUGGAGCUUUGCGGGAUAGGUGUUGACAUGGAAGGAUGCCUUCAAGCUCGUAAAGUGCUGGGGAGAAAGCUAAGGAGUCUCGAGAAGAAGGCCUAUGAACUGGCUGGCAUGACAUUCUCACUGUAUACAGCAGCAGAUAUUGCAAAUGUGCUGUAUGGGCACUUGAAGCUGCCCAUACCAGAAGGGCAUGGUAAAGGGAAACUGCAUCCAAGUACUGACAAACAUUGUUUGGAUUUGUUAAGAAAUGAGCAUCCUAUUAUUCAAGUCAUUAAAGAGCACCGGACAUUAGCAAAGCUUUUAAACUGUACACUGGGUUCGAUAUGCUCACUGGCUAGGAUAUCUAUGAGGACACAGAAGUACACACUACAUGGUCACUGGCUCCAGACAUCUACAUCAACUGGACGGCUUUCAAUGGAAGAACCUAAUCUUCAGUGUGUUGAGCAUAUGGUUGAAUUCAGCAUGGGUGUGGAUGAAAAUGGACGUGAUGAUGAUUGUAAUCAUUAUAAAAUAAAUGCUCGUGACUUCUUUGUUCCUACUCAGGACAAUUGGCUACUGUUAACAGCAGAUUAUUCUCAAAUAGAAUUGCGCCUGAUGGCUCACUUCUCUAAAGAUGCCUCAUUAAUUGAACUCCUCAGUAAUCCACAUGGUGAUGUUUUCACCAUGAUGGCAGCAAGAUGGACUGGGAAGCCAGAAGAUUCUGUUGCAUCAGAUGAGAGAGAUCAGACGAAAAGAUUGGUGUACGGAAUCCUUUAUGGAAUGGGUGCCAACACUCUUGCAGAACAGCUGAAUUGCAGUUCAGAGGAAGCUGCAGAAAAAAUUAAAAGCUUCAAAGGUUCUUUUCCUGGCGUUGCUUUGUGGCUCCUUGAAGCAGUUGGUUCCUGCCGUAGAAAUGGUUAUGUGGAGACCCUCAUGGGAAGAAAGCGCUUCUUGUCAAAAAUAAAAUAUGGCAACAGUAAAGAAAAAUCAAAAGCUCAAAGACAAGCAGUUAAUUCUAUCUGUCAGGGAUCUGCUGCUGAUAUAAUUAAGAUUGCAAUGAUAAAUAUAUACUCUGUGAUUGUCGGAGUUGAUUGCCCUGAAUCUAGCUCUUCACUUGCAACUAAGUUUCACAUGCUGAAGCAGCGGUGCCGAAUUCUUCUGCAGGUACAUGAUGAAUUAGUCUUGGAAACAGAUCCCUCUGUGAUAGAGGAAGCUGCAUCAUUGUUACAAAUUAGCAUGGAAAGUGCUGCAUCUCUUCUUGUUCCUUUGCAAGUCAAACUAAAGGUUGGAAGAACAUGGGGUUCUUUGAAGCCUUUCGAGGUCGGUCAAUGUAAAAUGGAAGUUCUUGUGCUUGAUUCUUAAGGAAGAUGGUCCUUGAAUGAAGAGUUUAAAGGGGGUUCAAUUUUUGUUUCCAAAAGGAACAGCACAUAUGAUCCCAUGGUAAUCCUUGUGUGUUUCACCAUUAGUUGAUCAUUUAGAUCACGGAGGGCAAUUUCUGCUGGUUAUUCUUUCAUAUGG